GGCGCUCCGAGGGCCAUGGGCACCAGCUCCAGCCCGCCCAGCCCCGCGAGCGUGGUGGCUCCGGGUACGACGCCGUUCGAGGAGAGCCGGCUGCCGGUGUUCACCCUGGACUACCCCCACGUGCAGAUCCCCUUCGAGAUCACCCUGUGGAUCCUGCUGGCCUCCCUGGCCAAGAUUGGCUUCCAUCUCUACCACAAGUUGCCCACAAUAGUGCCUGAAAGCUGCCUUCUUAUAAUGGUUGGACUUCUACUAGGUGGGAUUAUUUUUGGAGUAGAUGAAAAGUCUCCACCUGCAAUGAAGACUGAUGUCUUUUUCUUAUAUCUCCUUCCGCCCAUUGUACUUGAUGCGGGCUACUUCAUGCCAACUCGUCCUUUCUUUGAGAACAUUGGCACCAUUUUCUGGUAUGCUGUGGUGGGGACACUUUGGAAUUCCAUUGGCAUUGGAGUGUCUUUGUUUGGUAUCUGCCAGAUUGAAGCAUUUGGCCUGAGUGACAUCACUUUGCUCCAGAACCUACUCUUUGGCAGCUUGAUUUCAGCAGUGGAUCCCGUGGCUGUGCUUGCUGUCUUUGAGAACAUUCACGUCAAUGAGCAGCUGUACAUCCUGGUCUUUGGCGAGUCGCUGCUGAAUGAUGCAGUAACAGUGGUCCUGUACAAUUUGUUCAAGUCUUUUUGCCAGAUGAAAACCAUUGAGACCAUUGAUGUGUUUGCUGGAAUUGCCAAUUUCUUUGUCGUGGGAAUUGGUGGGGUGCUGAUUGGUGUCUUCCUGGGAUUCAUAGCGGCGUUUACGACUCGGUUCACACACAACAUCCGGGUGAUCGAGCCACUCUUCGUCUUCCUGUACAGUUAUUUGUCCUAUAUCACAGCUGAGAUGUUUCACCUCUCAGGCAUCAUGGCAAUCACGGCUUGUGCAAUGACUAUGAAUAAGUACGUGGAAGAAAAUGUAUCUCAGAAAUCCUACACAACCAUCAAGUAUUUCAUGAAGAUGCUGAGCAGUGUCAGCGAGACCCUGAUCUUCAUCUUCAUGGGCGUGUCCACUGUUGGCAAGAACCACGAGUGGAACUGGCCCUUCGUCUGCUUCACCCUGGCCUUCUGUCUGAUCUGGCGAGCACUGGGUGUCUUUAUCCUGACUCAGGUCAUUAACUGGUUCCGUACAAUUCCCCUGACCUUUAAGGAUCAGUUCAUCAUUGCCUACGGAGGACUCCGAGGUGCCAUCUGUUUUGCAUUAGUGUUUCUCCUUCCUGCUGCUGUGUUUCCCCGGAAAAAGCUGUUCAUUACGGCUGCAAUUGUCGUCAUAUUCUUUACUGUUUUCAUCCUGGGAAUAACUAUUCGACCACUAGUGGAGUUUCUUGAUGUUAAGAGGUCAAAUAAGAAACAGCAAGCUGUCAGUGAAGAAAUCCAUUGUCGGUUUUUUGAUCAUGUGAAGACUGGGAUUGAAGAUGUAUGUGGACACUGGGGUCACAACUUUUGGAGAGACAAGUUUAAGAAGUUUGAUGAUAAAUAUCUGCGGAAGCUUUUGAUUCGGGAAAACCAACCUAAGUCAAGCAUUGUGUCCUUAUAUAAGAAGCUUGAAAUCAAACAUGCCAUUGAGAUGGCAGAGACUGGGAUGAUAUGUACCACUCCUUCUUUGGCGUCUCUUAAUGACUGUCGUGAAGAAAAAAUAAGAAAGCUCACACCUGGUGAAAUGGAUGAAAUUCGAGAAAUAUUAUCAAGAAAUCUCUAUCAAAUUCGUCAGCGAACUCUGUCGUACAACAGACACAACCUGACUGCUGACACGAGCGAGAGGCAAGCCAAAGAGAUCCUGAUCCGCCGACGGCACAGCUUGAGAGAGAGCAUUAGGAAAGACAGCAGCUUAAAUCGCGAUCGCAGGGCUUCUACAGCAACCUCCCGAUAUUUAUCUUUACCUAAAAAUACAAAGCUUCCAGAAAAGCUACAAAAGAAAAAUAAUUUUUCUAAUACAGACGGCAACAGCAGUGACUCAGACACAGGUGAUGGGACCACCGUGCUCAAUUUGCAACCCCGAGCGAGGCGCUUCUUGCCGGAACAGUUCUCAAAGAAAGCCCAGCAGGCCUACAAAAUGGAAUACAAGAAUGAGGUAGAAGGAGAUUCCAGCAGAGGGCAGCCUGGCAGCACCUUGGCUCCCCACAGCAAAGAGGGGGGCACCCAGACCCCAGGCCUACUACGACAGCCCCUUCUCUCCAAAGGCCAGACUGGCCCAGUGCACCAAGGUUUUACUGAAGGUAUCCGACCUAAGCCAGCUCCGAGGCUGGUCCGGAGGGCAUCGGAGCCUGGAAAUCGGAAAGCCAGAUUUGGAAGCGAUAAGUCUUAAUGGAAACGGCCAAAGCAGACCUGGAGAGAUGAACCCAACACACCC